GGCAUAUCUGAAUUGGGAGGAAAGGGAGAAGAAGCAAGCCAAGGUGCAAAAUCAAUAAGAUUCCUAGAUGAGGAAAGACAGUUUGCUACUGAUAUGGCCAAGAAACCCAAUGCAUAUCAGAAAACAACAGAAGUUGGAGGAAAGAGAGUAGACAGCAAACAAAACUGGGACUCUAGCCUAGUAAUUCAAUACCAUUCCUAG